GCGCGGCAUGCUUCGGAAAGGUUGAAAACCUCGCUCUUCUUUUAAUGACAAAUAUUUGAGUGACGUCAUGAAACUAGUACGAAAUAUCUUUUUUUUGUAAAUGAUUGUAUUCUUCGUUAUAAUUGUAAGUAAGACCGAUGAAAACAUCUAUUUGCUUGUAAAUUUGAUGGCUUUAAAAAAAAUACAACAAAUACUGCAAGUAUUUACAUCCCGCCGAUCGCUCAUUUGUCUGCAAACAAUGACGUCACAAUUACUUUGGACGACUCUUUUUGGUAGACGAUUCUUGCGCGCUUUCAAGUCAUGUGCAAAAGGUGACUGCGGCGCGCAACAUUAACGCGUGGAACGCGUGUAGCGCGGAUUUUCGCAUUUCAUUUCCCGUGAAGUUCUGCUGAAGUCUGAUACAACAUAAUAAAGGAUUAGGGAGGUUAUCAGCGCUCCAACAUGAAGGGCGACGUCUUCGAGCCGAAUGCGCUGGUUUUUGCCAAGAUCAGGGGCUACCCCGCGUGGCCUGCCAAGGUCACGGCUCCACUGGAUGAUUCAAAGAAGCCCAAGAAGUAUUCAGUAUUCUUCUUUGGAACAUACGAAGUCGCUACCGUCAAAGUGGAAGAUCUGUUCGCGUACAAUGAAAAGACCAAAGAGAAGUUCGGUAACGUGAAUGUGAAGAGGAAGGGCUUUCUGGAGGCAAUGCAGGAGAUCGAGAGCUCGCCGGAUAUGGAUGUGACGGUCGUGCCCCCGCCGGCCACGACUGCAGCCACGCCCCGUCCCGCGGCCGCCACCCUCCCCGGAGGAACGCCCAAGGGUCGCGGCCGCGGCAAGAAACGCAAGGAGGACGCCUCGACGCCGCUGGAGUCGACGGCCGGUAAGCGACGUCGGGUGGACAGUGGCGAUGGGCCGGGCGCCACGUCCGCCGCGCCCGCCGCCGAGCCCGUCCUCAGUCGCAGCGGGCGCAAGAUCAAACCGAAACGCUUCGCCGACGCUGACGAGGGCCAGACCAAGUCGCCGGCGACCGGCCGCCGCCAGCCGGCCUCGACUCCGGUGGUUGAGCCGUCGAUUGGUGAGGACGCCACCACGCCGGUGGUGCGGCGCGAGGACACCGGCGAGGACGAGGACGAGGACGACCCGAUGGCCGAGGACGAGGGCGAGGAGGUGCUGCCCAUGGAUGUGGCCGAGGGAGGAGCCGGCGACGGGCCGCACGAGGAGGCCGCUCAGCCGGUCGAGGAGCCGGUGGAGCGCCGUGACGUGCGCUACAAGCCGUACCCGGCCCACGAGACGGAGGACAUUGUGCGCGUGGCCGACUCGGCCUCCGUUCAGGACACGGACGACGGCAGGAAGGUGAUGUACGUCAAGGCCAAGUGCGGCGAGAUGCUCGAGAUCGACAUCUCCGACAAGGAGCGGCCCAAGGAGUUCAAGUCGGAGAAGGCGCGCAUCAUGUGGGACACGGCCACGGCCAUCAACCUGGCCCGACUGCGGCACCAGCUCGAGCAGGGCGAGUACAUCCCGGACCGCCUCCGCGAGAAGCUGCUCGCGCGCGCCGACGUCGCCGACGAGCUCAAGGACAAGCUGAAGAACGACAAAAAGGCCGAGAUGCGCAAAAGCAAACUCUGGUGGCUGAGAGACGAGGCGCGUAUGAUCGAGAUGGACUACCACAUCAAGCUGAACCUCAUCAUCGACGAACAGAAUCACGAUAAGUGCAUCGAGGUGUUCAAAGAGCUCUCCGUGAUGAACAUGGCGCCGCUCAUGUUGAAGAAGAACCCGGAGAUCGUGGAGACGGUUCGCAAGUGCCGCAAGUACACCGGCUCGGCCGAGAUCAGGGAACUCGCCGACAAGUGCUACCAGCGCUUCAAGAAAAUGUUUGUCGUGCCGAAGGGCAAGAUGUUCCGGGAGUACUUUGACGAGCAGCUGGCCAUGUUCCGCAAGGUGACGGAGGAAAUGCCGGAGGACAAGGUGGUGCGCAUGGUCCGCGAUCCGCUCUUCCAGCGACCGGGCGAGGAAAGCAGCGACUCGGAGGACGAGAACUGGCCGCCGGCACCGCCAAAGACCAACGGAGUCGCCGAGAAGGACAAACAGACAAACGGCACGGGCCCGGCCGACAGCCAGCGCAAGGACAAGGACAAGGCCGGCGACCCGCUGGACGCUCAGAAGGAGAAGGACGGAGCCGCCAAGACGGAGGACGAGACCAAAGACGAGCCGCCGGCUGUCGCCGAGGAGCCGGCGCCCGCCGCAGAAGCCAGCACGGAGGGCGGCAGUCCCCAGAAGGCGGCCGGCGAGGCUGAGCCGGAGCCGACGGCCGGCGGAGACACCCCCGCUGCUGAGACGGCCGCCGAGGAGACGCCCGCGCGGACGGAGACGGAGACGGCGGAGGGAGACAUGGAGACGGCCGAGACGGAGCCCUCUGAGGAGCCGGCCGCCAAAGAGGCCGCUGAGACUGAGGAGCCCAGCGCUGCUGAGGAGAAAGAGUCGGCCGAACCUGCCGAGCAGUAGUCCCCACCCACGGACAGUGUGGGGAGAGGCCGUGCCUGUUAUUACGGCCCCACAGACAAACGGAAGAGCUAUGAGCUAGAUUGGCCGGGCUUUGAGCCAGCUCGGCCGGUACAAGAGUUUUGAGUUGCCGCUGAGUGCUGCUCAGGCCGAGUAGAAAGGCCAGGCAUUGAGUUAUCUCAGCCGGGACAUGAGUUUUGAGUGAGCGCUGAGUUGGCUCAGGUGGACUCUGUUAGCUCGGCCGGGCCUGGAGUUCACUCGGCCGGGCCUGGAGCUCGCUCGGCCGGGCCUGGAGCUGGCCCGCCCGGUGCCAGGCGAGUGUGCCGGCGACUCGGUGCACGCAGGCGGUCCCCGAUCGGCUGAGCGCCUCUUGGUGUUGUGAGUGUAAGCAGUGUGUGAGUGAAAGGGUGCCGCGCGAGCGCUGUAGCCCCGUUCCAGUUCAUUGUACGAAGCCAUUGGCGUCGCUGUGUUCGCAUCGUUCCUGGUCAUGUCGCGAGCCUGACUCCCGGCCGGCCGUUGGCUAUAAGAUUUGCCACGUUUAGCCGGGAGCAGUGGGGAGGGGGAGGGGGGACAGGUCACACAUCAUUGUACAUUUCUCAAUAAAGGACCGGAUCAUCCCA